AUGAGUUUCUUUUCUGGCAGCGGUGCUCUGCUGGCUACGGUUACGGACCACGAGGAACGGGAGGGGAAGAAGGAGUGAGGAAUAGUACUACACACCCAAAACAAACGCUCUCACAAACAAACUUCUUCUUCUCUAGAGAGAGAGAGAAUUUUUCUAGAGAGAGAAAAUGGGGAAUCAGAAGCAGAAAUGGACGGCGGAGGAAGAAGAAGCACUACUAGGCGGAGUAGCGAAGCACGGCCCUGGAAAAUGGAAGAACAUUCUCAAAGAUCCUGAGUUCGCUCCUUUCCUCACUAACCGUUCCAACAUUGACCUCAAGGACAAAUGGCGAAACCUGAGUGUUAGCACUGCUGGACAAGGCUCUAAAGAGAAAUCGAGGACCUCAAAGAUAAAGGCUAUAACAGCUGCUCCACUCCCCAAUGUUCAACAUUCUGCUCCUGCUGCUCCACUUCUUCUUACUGCACCCCCUGAUACUGUCAUGGAUGAUGCCCCUAAUAGCACACAUGAGGGGAAAAAUGCUCCACGGUACAAUGCAAUGAUUUUUGAAGCUGUUUCAACAACAAAAGAUACAAAUGGAUGUGAUAUAGGUGCCAUUGUUCACUAUAUUGAGCAAAGGCAGGAGGUGCCACAAAAUUUUAGAAGAUUAUUGAGUUCAAGGUUGAGGAGGCUCGUUGCACAAGGCAAACUUGAAAAGGUCGAAAAUUGCUACAGGAUCAGAAAAGAUACCUCGUUGGGAACAAAAACACCUGCCCCAAAACAAAAGGAUGUCAGGCCACGGCAGCUGCUGAGCUCUGGGCUAAUGACUACUAGUGAGAGUGUGGAUGAUGCAGCUAAUGCUGCUGCCUAUAGAGUGGCCGAUGCGGAAAACAAAGCGUAUAUGGCUGCUGAAGCAGUUAAAGAGGCAGAAAGAAUUUCGAAGAUGGCAGAAGAUAGCGAUUCAAUGCUACAGCUGGUGAAAGAUAUUUAUGAAAGAUGUUCGCGUGGUGAAAUUGUCCUCUUGGCCUAGGUUAUCAGUUGUAAUUUGUUCUUUCUUAGGGGUAAAACAUCAAUAGAAUGAGUAGUGAAAUUGUUGUAGUUUUUUCAAUGUGUAUGUAAAUUUCAUUGAUCCAAUGCAACAGUCUUAAAUUGUUCAUGUCUCUAUGCCUCAGCAUUUUUAUAAAUACAGCCAGGUUGGGGCAAGGGGGAAAUUGGAAUUAUUCCUGAGGGAGCUACAUAGAAGAAUCUAACUGCUUGUUGUUUGUCUUU